AUGGACUUAUUAAACGAUGUUGAAGCCAUAGCUGUAGCAUAUGUAUUACAAAAACGUAAUAAAGCUGCAAAAAAGGAAAAAUCCAAAAGGAGAUAUUGGGUACAUCCGAUUAAUAUGAAAAGGAUUAAAGAAGGUCAGUUUCAAGUGAACUUCAUGACACUGAGAGCUCACCCUGAAGAAUUUUUUAAAUAUUUCAGGAUGUCUAUAACAUCGUUUGAUGAGCUAAUUUCACUGGUUAGACCAUGCCUAUCAAAACAAGUGACACAUUUGCGCAUUCUAAUUUGUACAGAAGAACGACUGACAAUCACUUUGCGGUAA